CAAGCAAUCACUAUGCCAACUGACACAGAUGUUUCUCUUUCUUCAUAUGAUGAAGAUCAGGGAUCCAAACUUACCCGAAAAGCUAAAGAGGCACCAUUUGUCCCCACUGGAACGGCCAAGCUUUGCAGCAAUUGUUGCAUACAUGGAUUAUACAAAUUGAAGAGGAUGGGCAAUACUAAAAUAUCCCUUCACCUGAUCCACAUGUGUGUGGCAGCCCAAGGCUUUGUUGUGGGAGCAAUGACUCUUGGUGUGGGCUAUUCCAUGUAUAGGGAAUUCUGGGCAAAAUCUAAACCUUAG